AUGGAUAACGAUUGGUUUGAUGCAACAUUAGAUUGGACUGGAAAUAUAUCAUCAAGGAAAAAAAGGAAACCGUAUACCAAAUAUCAAACUUUAGAACUGGAAAAGGAAUUUCUUUACAAUACUUAUGUUAGUAAACAGAAACGAUAUGAAUUAGCAAAAAAUUUGUACCUAUCCGAGAGGCAAGUGAAAAUUUGGUUUCAGAAUCGACGAAUGAAAGAUAAAAAACAAAAGCAAAGGUCAUCGGUGGACCAAUCAUGUAGUUCACAACUAAUGAUGUCCAGUUUGAAGGGUGAAUAA